AUGGAAGUUUACUGUGGGAGGAAUGUGAAUCCUAGUGUUCCUCUUGCCACUUCUGUUUUUAUGAGCCUUAUGAGUGGAUUACUAAAUGAGAGCCGAAUCUUACACACAGACAAUUUUUACAGAAGUGUUCAUCUAGCACACCAGCUUCUUGAACAAGCAACACAUUUAGUUGGUACUCUAAUAUCAAACAGAAAGCUGAAUCCUCAAGAUGUGGUACAGGCAAAACUGAAGAAGGGGGAACACAAAGCAAAGGAAAGUACCAGAGGUGUAGUAGUACUGAAAUGGAAAGAUAAGAGGGAUGUUCUGAUGCUGAGUACUGUUCAUGGAGAAGAAGAAGCAGAAGUUCAAACCAGAAACGGCACAAAGAAAAAACCAGCAACGAUUAUUGACUAUAAUCAGCCAAAGUCUUUCAUAGAUCAUUCUGACCCAAUGAUGUCAUACUCGCAUUGUCUAAGGUGGGGUGUGAAAUGGUACAGGAAGCUUGCAAUUGAAUUGUUGGCAGAGUCAGCACUGGUACUUUCUACAAUUGGUUUAUACAGUUACUACAGUUUGAAGCAGCUUACAGGUGAACAUCUGAAUGCAUUGGAUAAUAAGUUAGUUGUGGUUCAUACUUUGAGAGAAAAAGGUUAUAGAGUUUUGUAG